UGUGUGUGUGCGCGCGUGAAUGUGUGUGUGUGUGUACGUCGGAUUGGUUGCUGUCGUGUGAUUUGCUACUUUUUUUCGGUGCUCCUAUUAUCGUAUUUAGCAAUUUCACCAUCCGUACACCGAGUUCCAGCAUCCCCGGGAGCAAAUCAACAACGCAUUCCGGCCACCAUCCGCGUGACAAAUCCGUGCGUGUAGCGUCGGAGGCUGCCCGACCGUUCCCGGUGGUGGUGUGUCUGCUCCUGCUCCUUUUGUGUGCACAUCAUCAGCGAGAAGGCUCGUGUAGUGGAGAGCAGAGGGCUUUUUCUUUGGUCCGUCUGUCCGCUGUUUGUCGCCGUCACCGUCCGGUGUACCGUGGGCAGCCAAAGUGGAUCAUUCCGUCGGUGUGCCGGUCGCUGAAGUGCCCCCGGGUGGACUCGGUGCUAGCACUGCCGGCCGCCAUCGGCGUUACCGAAGUCGUAGCGUAGUCUGUUCGGCAGUUCCGCAUCCGCUGGUGGAAGUGGUGUUCGGGUCAGCGGCGGCAGAUUGCACGCGUCGACCGCUUGGGGGCGACAGGUGACAGCUGAAGGUUGUGCGAAUCUUGAGCCAAGGCAGCUCGGACCGGCCGGCAAGUUGGAUAGCAGGGGGCGGCAAUGUCCGAUUCGUUCUUUGGGUUUGAUGCGUCACUGCCUGGUGAGGACGACGAUGGUGGAGGAAGGGGUAGAGGUGGCGGAGGUGGAGGACGAACAGGCGGCGGGCGCGUGUUGGGCGGCGGGAGCGGAGGUCGUGGAUCGGAUUCGGAGGAGGAGUACGAUGCGCUCAACGAUGAAACGUUCGGCCAGGCCCGUGAGGACGAUUGGGAAGAUUUGCACGAGAAUCUGGUGCGAUUGGACCAGCGGGAAGGAGGAGACGGUGACUCCGGGGCCGAUUCCGAUCUGGAUAUCAACUUCUCCUCGGUCGGGAUCGACAACUUUGAGCUGGACAAUGACACGGAACCGGAGGCCCGUUUGCAGCUGGACCCGAGCGUGUGGACGAUGCCCAGCAAACCGGAAACGCCGCGACACAGCGUGCCGGCUGUUUCGACCCAGAUGCCAUCAGCGAUUGGCAGUGCACCGACCCCAAUUCCAGCACCGGAUCGUUUCGGUGCACCAAUAGGACGGUUCCCGGCCUUACCGAAUCCCGGAAUGCGCAUCUGCUCGCUGGAAGAAAUCGAGCAAAACAUGAUCAAGCAGCAGCAGGAACAGAUGCGUCGCGGGUUAACUCCACUGCCCCGUCCUCCGCCCGGCUUUCCACCACCUUCCAACGCGACCCCAACGAUGCAGCAACUUCCGCCGCCAAUGAUCCAUCGUCCGCUUCCGAUUCCAAUCGGGUUUCCUUCACCCGCACUGAUGGGUGGUGGCGGCGGCCCGGGAGGACAACCGGGUCCGAUGGGCGCACUGUUCCCGCCUACCAACAUGCCACCACCGAACGCUGGUGGCCAGCCCGGUACCGGUGCACCUCCGUUUCCAUUUCCGGUGAUCUUUCAAGGCCCGCCCGGAUCGCUGCCUCCCAACAACAACAUUAACAAUAACAACAGCAACGGUAACAUCAACAACAACAACAAUGCAAGCUUCAGCCAGCGGUUGGUGGAGGAGAUCCAGCAAAAUCAUCCCAUGUUGCCGCAUUACCGACAGCCGCCACCGCCCGGUACGUUAGCGCAGCCUCCGCUUCCGAUGGGAGUACCGCCGCCAGGUGGUCCAGGUGGUCCGGGCCAGAUGCCGCCGAUGCCACCGCACGGUGGCAACUUUAAGCACCCGUUCAUGGGUCAUCACCAUCCCGGGUUUCCACCAAACUGGAAUGGUCCGCCGCCGCCGCAUCAUCCGCACCAUCCGCACGGUGGGCAUCACCAUCCGGGCUUUCCGGGCGGUCAUCAUCACUUUCCGCAGCAGCAGCAGCAACAACAGCAAGGAGGUCAUGGCCAGGGCGGCCAUCAUCAUCAUCACCAGCAACAGCAGCAGCAGCAGCAGCAGCACCACCAUCAACAUCAAGGUGGCCAUCGAUUGCACAACGGCAAACAGAACCGCAACUACGAGUACGACGAGUACGCUAACAUGAUGACCGAGCGGGCGAAGCACUGGCUGCUCGGCAUCCAACUGUCCCAGCUGAACAAGGACACAGCCUACUACAAUGACUAUUAUUUCUGCGUGAUCCGCGAUCGGAAGGAGCGCGAACGGGGCGGCGAGCGGGAAAGCAAGGCCCACAAGGACAACACGUUCUACCAUCCGUUCAGCCAGCAGCAGAACCAGCAGCACUGGAACGGGUUCGGGCGGGAGCGUCGUAAUUCGGAAAAUUCCACAUCGACCAAGGACGGCAUCAAGGAGAUACAGCCGCGCCGCUACAAGCUGGUGCAGUUUGAGAAUUCCCUCGGCAAGCUGCAGUGCGGAAGCGUCAUUGCGCCGCGCAAGAUCAUCGAUCAAGAUGUGGUGGUGGAUCGAUCGGUCGCGGAAGGUGGAGGCCCCGGUGGGUCGGGCAGUGCGGGAAGCGGUGGUAACAGUGCGCCCGGCAGCACGGACUCGGUGCACAAUCAGCGCCGCUCGAGACAGAUCUUGCUGCACGUGGAGAACCUGUACCGGUUGGUGCUCCGCCUCGAGGACAUGUCGAAUCAGCUGGCGAUCGAGGCGAAACAACAGAUGAAGGAAAAACGCGCCAAGGAACGGCUGUUGGCACAGGAAAAGCUUGCCAGCGGUACGGACGAACAGAACAACGUGCAGACCAGUGGUUCCCAGCAGGUGGCAACCGUGCCGGCAACGCCUGUGUCGGAGGUGGAGCAAGACACGGUGGAAAAUCUGCUCGACCGUAUUCUGCCGGCCGUGAACGCGGAAGGUGUCCUGCGAUUGCUGUCGGUUCGCAAGGGCAAGCUGCUGUUGACACGCAUCCAGAAGGCGCUGGGCGAGCAUUCGGCUCGGUGGACGAUCUGGUGCACGGUGCUGGCAACGCUGGUUGCGCUGCCGAAGCGCGAUCGGGAGGAUGCCGACGAUCAGCUGAGUCCGCUGUUUGCCGAGCUCGAGCUUCACGUGAAGUACGCGCAGCCGGCCGAUCUGAUGCCGCUGUUCGAGACGCUUCUCAACACGGAUCAGCUGCUGUCGCUGGUGCCCCGGUGCAAGUUCCUGCUCCUCACCAUGCUCACCUUGAUCGCCCAGAUGGAGCAGUUGACUACGAGCGAUUCGUCCCUGGAGCAGGCGGCUGCCCUGAACGGACAGGCGGAUGAUGGCACUAACGACGAAUCCACCGCUCCACGGCUCGUCUGGACUCGCUGGAUGAGCCUGCUGCGGGAGCUGGCACGUGUGCUGCAGGGUGCUGCUGGUGCGGCCGUCGGAGCAAUCGGUAGCAAACCGCAGAAAGUGUUGCUCAAGCUGGAUGCGUCCUGUGGCAAGGUGAAACAGCUCCGUUCGCACCUACAGCGACACCCGGAGCUGGAGCUCGAGCACAAGCUGCGCGCUGUCGUAUCGAUCAUCGAUAUUGGACCAGCCAGCAGCGGUGUUGAUCCAUCGACUUUGACCAAAACCGCAGAAGGAUCCGGCGCAUUGACGCCGAGGACGACGACGAUGACGACGGAUGCGAGCAAAAAGUAAGCAAUCGUUUUCUUUGCAAAGGAUGUCCUUUUGUGUGAGUUGAGUGUUGAGCGAACAAAGGAAGGAACUCUGUUGUUGGUGGCGGAGAGGCGAGCAGUGGGAAAGGAGAGGUUAAAAAGUGUGUAUGUGUGUGUAUAGGAUCUAUACUCCUUUUUACGUUUCCUUCCAAUUAAUGACGAAUUCGUUUCUAACGUACGGAACGGGAAACGGUCGCAGUUUAGGGGUUUUAACUUUAACUUUUUAUUUUUUCUCCUUUAAUAUUCUACUUGUAGUUGGGUUUAUGUUCUUCUUUUACAUGUUUUCUUUUUUUUUUGCUACCAUUCAAUGUCGGUCCCCUUUAAUCCCUAUUUUAACUGAGAAAAACAACAACAACAACGGCAACGGCGGUCCUUUAUCAUUUCUGUAAUGCUAUGUUUGUUUUUCUAUGGACGCAUGUAAACGAGCGCGUUUUGUUUGUGUAGAAACUCUAUGUAAAAUGUAUCCAACAAUGAAACUGUGUAAAACCUCAAUAUAGUAAUCGCUAAAAUGCUUCCUGCGUGUGCGGCCGCGAGUGAAGCAACCAGCAAGAAGCGCAAUGAAAUAACACGGAGAAAUAGUAGACGCAAAACAAAUUGUUAAUAGUGCGCGGAUAAGAAUAUUGCCAGCGGCGUCCCAUGCGUACACGCACACACAUACACACAGUGUGACAGUUAGUAGUAAAGUAGUUGCGUGAGAAGCAAGUACACAGCGGGGGCAAAACACUACUCACUGGCCAGUGUUAUACUAGCCCGAGACGAGAGAGGCAGGUAUCGGUUUUUUUUUUUUCGUUUCACAUAAUAACCGGUUAGAUUUUGCUAUUGGACAUUUGCCUGGACAAGUUUGGGCAAGGCAUCAGGAACGUUUCAUACUACGAUUUUUAUGUGUCAGUUCAAUCAACCGGUCGAAUUCUUUGUUUAACAAGCAAACACGUGUGCGCUGCUGCUAAUAUUGCAUCCUAUAGGACACACGCAUGCAAAUCCACAUUCAAUAGCAAGUGUGCGCGAGAACGAGACGAUGAUCAAUUUAAGUGGUUUUAGUGAAGUUGUAAUAUUGGAUUGAAAAAAGGUAAUAAAGUAAUAUUAAUUAUGCGAUUGUUAAACCAUACGCAAACGUGCGUGAUUGUGUGCGUGUGUGUGUGCGUGUAACGUUGACGACGUUCAGCAGCAGCAAAUCCGGUUGGCAAGCGUCGUGCUGCACGGAUUGAGAAAAGGUUUAGAAAUUUACGGACGGCUAGCUCUUAAUCUUAAUAGAACGAACUCAAUUGAUGAAAAAUGCAGUAAAAUAUACAACUCUAAGCAAUAA